GCUUAAUCCGGACACCAGAAUUAGUGUUGGUGUGUUCAUUCUUGGGUCGAAAAAGGAUCUUUGCCUCUUUUCCCAAAGAAACGAAAAAUAAGGUGAACGCAAUCAUGCCUUUCGGUAACACCCACAAUCAGCUGAAGAUGAACUACUCCGCGGAGCAGGAGUACCCCGACCUCAGCCAGCAUAACAACCACAUGGCGAAGGUGCUGACGCUGGAGAUGUACGAAAAACUGCGGGAUAAACAAACGCCUAGCGGAUUUACUUUGGAUGACCUCAUUCAAACUGGGGUGGAUAACCCAGGCCACCCCUUCAUCAUGACUGUUGGCUGUGUGGCUGGAGAUGAAGAGUCUUACGAUGUCUUCAAAGAUCUGCUGGACCCAAUCAUUGAGGAUCGACAUGGAGGAUAUAAGCCCUCAGACACGCACAAAACUGACCUGAACCCAGAUAACUUGCAGGGUGGGGAUGACCUGGACCCAGACUACGUUCUGAGUUCUCGAGUCCGAACUGGAAGGAGCAUCCGUGGCUUCUGCCUGCCCCCCCACUGCAGCCGCGGGGAGCGACGAGGCAUUGAGAGUCUUUCCAUUGAAAGUUUAAGUGCAUUGGAGGGGGACCUGAAAGGGAAGUAUUAUGCUCUAAAGGACAUGACGGAAGAAGAGCAGCAGCAACUGAUUGAUGACCACUUCCUGUUUGACAAGCCCGUCUCCCCCUUGCUGUUGGCCUCUGGGAUGGCCCGUGACUGGCCUGAUGCCAGGGGAAUCUGGCACAAUGACAACAAGACCUUCCUAGUUUGGGUGAAUGAGGAAGACCAUCUCCGUGUCAUUUCCAUGCAGAAGGGUGGGAACAUGAGGGAGGUGUUCACCCGCUUCUGCAACGGCCUCACACAGAUCGAGUCCCUCUUCAAGGAGAAAGGCCAUGAGUUCAUGUGGAACGAGCAUCUUGGCUACGUGCUCACCUGCCCCUCUAACCUGGGCACCGGCCUCCGUGGUGGCGUGCAUGUCAAGCUGCCCAACCUCAGCAAGCAUGAGAAAUUUGGGGAGAUUCUCAAGAGGCUGAGGCUCCAGAAACGAGGCACAGGGGGAGUGGACACUGCAGCCGUGGGUGGUGUCUUCGACAUCUCCAAUGCUGACCGCCUGGGCUUCUCGGAAGUGGAGUUGGUACAGAUGGUGGUGGAUGGAGUGAAGCUGCUGGUGGAGAUGGAGAAGCAUCUGGAGAAGGGCGAGUGUAUUGAUGACCUCAUGCCAGACCAGAAGUGAAAUCCUUUCAUAUCUGCCUCCCUUCCAUCCUCUACUACCCACCCUAUCAUAGCCCCCCCCCCCCCCCCCCCACCCCACCAGCUGAAUCCUUCAAAAACAAGUUAAUCUUAACUACAUCAAGAAAUACACUCCGACCAAGCGUUGGUGGCACUUAAGUUAGGAGUCUUCCAUCAGUGUGAUUAAGGAUUUUUGUAUCGGGCAUCUUAGUGUCGAAGAUGGAUCUUAACACCUGAAAUAAAGGCCUGUGGAAAACCUUUAA